CGUGCAAAGGUCAUAAUACAAAGCGUUGACUGAACCGCAGGUUACUUCCACCCUUCACAAAUGCGUCACCGAAACUAGAACAGUCUCUGAGCCAUUGUGGCAAUUUGCAAAUCUGAGGGAGCAGCAAGUGUCAGAAAUCCUCGGCAAUCAGCGAUAUUUAGACUGCAUUCCAAACUCUUGCCUUCGGAAGGGCACUGAACAUGCAGUGCACCAUGGAGUCUGUGUCAGACGUGUGCGCGAGGCUGUGGGAUCUCGACCACAACAGGCUGAAGAAAGGGAAGGACUACAGAAUCAAACUAACGGUCACUGCUGGAGGAAAAAGGAUGAAGUCGUGCACAAACUGUUACUGUGGAAUCCGAACCACGGAAACAGAGGCAGGGGAAGACCGCGGAAGUCGUACACAAAGCAGCUUGCUGAAGACAGCGGUUUGGACCUGCAGCAACUUCCCGCAGCGAUGGAGGACAAAGAGGGGGCAACAGAUUGUUCUCCUUCGUGAACAGGGAGAAAAUGGAGAACAUCCCGACAUAUCGUGCCUUUCUGGAGCUGCUAGACUUCUACGAGGCUGAAACAUCCGAACCCAAAGAAGAAACAGAGAGACAAUACGACUUGAGCCGAGCAUUCCUGAAUCGCUGUCUGGAGACUGACGUCAUGAAAGAGGCUCACUCCUUCUUGUUAAGUAGAGACCUGGUGCGUCAAAGUUACAAGAAGGACUUCAAAGAGUUGCUGUACGAGCUGUGGUUCGAGCUGCAGCCAAGGCCUAGUGGGGACGGGACAGAGCGGUCUGCAUUCGAACAUGUCUUUGUGGGAGAGACACGGAAUGGUCUGGUCCUCGGCUUCCACAACUGGGUCCAGCUGUAUGACGAGGAGCGUCUAGGGAAUCUCAAUUACAAGCGCCACAGGCCUCAGGCCUGCGACAACCGCAUCAUCACGAUCGAUUUCACUUGGAAUAACAACAAUAAAACUUUCGGCAGCUUCUUCCUGGGAACGAGCCCGGAGUUUGAGCUGGCCAUUUAUACAGUCUGUUUCCUGGCUGGGGACGAGAAUGAAACGACGGUCAUCCUUGGGAACAAGCCUGCAACGAUCCUCACUAAUGCCUACAGAGUUAACGGUCAAAAUCAAAUUGGAGCUUGCUAUCCCAAAUUUGAGAAGCCUGAGAGGAAAGACGUUCAUGUCCCCAUCGACCACGAGGAACUCAUCAUCCCAAUCGACGUAGAAGACACGGACCAUCCGCGGCAAAGGCAGAAGAGGAAAUGUUGCAACUGCACUAUACUUUGAGGAAUUUAUAAUCACAAAGUUGAUUUUACUUUAUUUGUGGAAUGGAAUAUACUACAACUGCACUAAAAUCUCCGCCUUCAAGGCAUACCCAUGUAUGAUAUCCCAACUUACGGCGAAUCAUUUUGGGCUGUGCUCUCAUUGUAUUGUUUUGUAUUGUUUUAUUUAUCUAUUAUCUAUAUCUAUUUCUUUUUUUAAUCCAUUUAUUUAAAUUGUUAUAAGUUGAUAAAGCGAGUUCCUUACGUAAGCAUACGCUCCCGGUAUCCCUGGCACAUAUUUCAUUUAUAUUACAUCGUCGUUAUGUACAUAGUUUUUAAGUGCAAACAGAUAGAUAAAACAAAACAGAAAUACAUAACAUAAGCACAUGUACCUGAAAACAUCUCCCAUAUCUCUUUAUCCAUUGUUACAGUCUUCAUUUACACUUAAUAUAACAAGUUGUUGUAUUUCUUUUUGCUUUUUUACUAUGAUAUGACUUUUUGUAACUGUACAUUUUCUUCAAGCUAGAUUUUAUACAUGUUUGAAGCACAGUGUCUAAAAUGCGCAAUUCAGCAUCUUCUACUGUGAAAAAGUAGCUGCGAUGUAUAUUAAUGUUCACCGACUGAAUCAGUAAACCAAUCUUAAUAACUCUCAACUAAACACAUCAACUCGUCGCCGUUUUUCAUGCACGUUUCUCAGUCUGGCAACAU